AUGUCGGACCAGAAGCAGAGCUCCGAGUCCACCCCGGACGCCAACAACAACUUACUCGGCGGUGAUCUGGAGAAGCUGAACGCGCUGGCGGAGGGUGUGAAAGCGCGACUGAAAGGAGGUUUCGGCGAUUACUACGAAGACGGCAGUCGCGGCGAUAUCAGACACCUGCAGAUGCCCAAGCUGCUUCAUCUCGUGGAGCAGGUGGAAGAGGUCAAUACCAACCUGCGCAAGCUUGACCACGCUUCGACUCACUCCAGCGCGAACAAUAUGACCGGCUACAACAGUGUGGGCAGUGCACCUGGCGGCAAGGCCACCGCUGCGCAACUGCAAGUGGUGCUCGAGCGUCUUGAUAAGCUCAACGAGAAGAACACAGACAUGGAGCAGAAGGUCAAAGAUGCUGCGAUCAAAGCCGAGACCGCACACAAGCACUCCGAAGCGACCGAGUUGGAAAAUGAAAGCUUGCGAAAGGACAUUGCGCGCCUGGAGGGCAAACUGAAAGAGGUCGGACGCAAGGCUGCGCUUCCCCCUCCAGAGCACCAGCGUCUCGAGGAGAAGGUCCAAGGUCUACAAGAUCAGGUCCAGACUGCAUCGAGCAAGGCGAAGGAAGUGACGGACCGAUUCGAAGCCCUACAAAUGCAAGUCGGACAGGCCUCCAGCAAGGCCGACGCCGCAGCAGAGAAGGCUGAUGGCGUGCGCACUGUUGUCAACAAUGCCUCCGCUUCGCGAGAUACCUAUCGUGCCAAGCAAGACCGAGUGAUGCAAUCCCUGGAAGCCAGAUAUGACGGGUUCGUCAGCCGCGUUCGUGAUGUCGAAGCCAGUACUCAGUCUGCAAACAGCAAGGCCGACUCCGCCCACAGCAGAGCCGAUGCUGCCGCGAACAAAGCUGCCAAGGCGCAGGCGCAGGCGCUCGCAAACACCGAGGCUAUCAAGAAAUCGGACGCAAAGUGUGCCAGUGUUAGUCGACAAGUUCAAGAUCUACAAGGCAAGGUGGACACAGUCGCCAUCGAGGCGGAGACUGCUUCAAGUACUGCACAGACUGCUGCAACCAAAGCGGAGACAGCGCUGAACAGAACGACCUCAGCUACCAUCGAAGCCAACAAGGCGGAGGCGGCGAACGCAGUCUCUUCGACUAUCGCAGCUCAAAUCGCCAAGCAAGAAGAGGCUGUGAAGGCGCUGGAAGGCAAAUGCACCCGGUUCGCUAGCGACAUCCAAGAUGUACAGGUUUAUCAGCACACCAACGAGGAGACUCUGAGCUCUCUACAGUCCCAGGUCGACAACAUCAAGGACAACAUCACUUCCCUCAGUACCAACUCCACUCCACAACAGGAUAACAAGAAGUACGGAGUCAUGGUCAGCGACUUGCCCAAAGACGUCACUCAGGCAUUAGUCGUCGAUUACUUCCAAGCAAGCAGCGGACCUAUCAUCAGCUCUCAGGUGAUCAAGCAGAAGGGCGGAACUACUGCUUUCAUCCUGCACUUCAAGGACGCGAGAAGUGUCUCGAACGCUUUGGCGCAGAGGGCUACAAAGAUAGACGGAAAGCUGAUGAACAUCCUGGCACUUACCAACCCUCGUAGCCCGCAAGAGCUUUUUGCUAAGGAGGCGUCGGCUGGUGCUGGUGGGAAAUGA